AAUUUAUGAAUAUAUUAAGGAAAUUUUAAUUAAAAUUGAUAUAAUUUAAUGAAUCUUUUUAAUUUAUCAGCAAUUUACAUACAAUAUAAUAGAAAUUUCCAAAAUGUCGGUAGCAUUGUCAAAAUGGCAGCUACGCGAAGGUUGCAAAAGGAAUUGUGCGAUUUAAGAGCUUCUUCAUUAAAAAAUUUUACAAAUAUUCAAGUGGAUGAGUCAAACAUCCUUACAUGGCAAGGACUUAUUUUACCAGAUAAUCCACCUUAUAAUAAAGGUGCAUUUCGCAUAGAAAUUAAUUUUCCUGCUGAAUAUCCAUUUAAACCUCCAAGAAUAACAUUUAAGACAAAAAUUUAUCAUCCAAAUAUUGAUGAGAAAGGACAAGUUUGUCUUCCAAUAAUAACAGCUGAAAAUUGGAAACCAGCAACGAAAACAGAUCAAGUAAUUCAAUCAUUAAUAGCAUUAGUGAAUGAACCUGAACCAGAACAUCCAUUAAGAGGUGAUUUAGCUGAAGAAUUUCUUCGAGAUAGAAGAAAGUUUUUGAAAAAUGCUGAGGAUUAUACAAAAAAAUAUGCAGAGAAAAGGCGAGAAACAUCAUCGGCUGACUAAUUCGAAUAAAGCCUUAUGCGCUAAGGUGCCUGAUAAGAAAUGACGAAUCAGGCCCAGAUCCAUUGUACAGGUCUCAAUGCAAAUUAUGAUAUUUAUAUAAUGGAAAAUUAAAAAAAAAAAAAAAAAAUAUUAAUAUUGUAAUAAACAACAUACGGUAUUGUAAAUUUAGCAAAAAAUAUUUGCAAAAAUUCUCUUUAAAACAAAAAAAAAUACCUUAGAGCUAUAAUUUUUUUUCUCGCUAAGUUCUUUUUUUUAAUGUUUAUUUAUUUAUUGUCCUAGAGGAAAGAAAAAUCCUACUUCAAAAAAUAGUCGAAAAAAAACGCAUAUACGAAUGAUUCAUCAGACGAUCUUUUUUAUUAUUAUUUAUUUUUUUUUUGAAACACAAUUUUCCUGAAAUCGUGGAAAAAUUCAUUUUUUUAUAUCAUUUAAUUGUAUGAUUUUUUUUAUUUUUCCUUUUUUUAUGAUAAAAAUAAUGAAAAAAACUUUUUUCAGGGAACAGUGUGCAAUUGUGUAUAGAUCGUGGCCCAGUUCUCGAGAGCCAAAAAAAAAAAAAAAAAAAAAAAAAACUUUGCGUGCUUACAUAUGUCCUGUUCGAUAAGUAUAUAGAAAAAAAAUUAAUGUUCUUCAAAUUGACAUUGAAUAAUAUAGAAUAUUGUAGUUGUAUUUCUUAAGUGUUCAAUGGUGAGUUAUGUCGAGCAUUAAAUAUAAUAAAUAGACUAUUUUAGAUAAUAUUGCGAAUUAAACUCGAAAG